AUGGACUCGUACUCCUCAAAAUCAUAUAGCCCGUCUCAUUUAUCCGAUACAUUCCUGGGUGAAUCAUCAAAAGGGUAUUCUAGACUCUCACAUAUAUACAGCCUCUUUAACUUCAAGUUGAUAGCUCUAUGUAUCGUGUGGUAUCUAACCUCCGUACUGUCCUCAGCUUCUACAAAACUCAUCCUCAGAGAUUUCAAAUACCCUGUAUCAUUGACUGAAAUCCAGUUUGUUAUUAACGCUUUCCUGUGUUUACUGCUGUUGCUCUCCAUUAGAUUCACAAAGACACUCCUACAUCAUGAUAUCCACAGAUCCUUCCCUAAUGGCACUUUCCCGCCUUCUUUGAUCACUCCAAAUUAUUCAAUCACUAAGAAUUUCUUGACCCCUACUUUCUUGGUACUGAAAACUACAGUACCCAUGGGGAUGUUCCAAUUCUUAGGACAAAUAGCUUCUCAUAAUUCAACUUCAAUUAUCCCAGUCUCCUUGGUCCACACCAUAAAGGCAUUGUCCCCCCUGACAACGGUCUUGAUCUAUAGAUUUCUUUUUGGGAAACAUUUCCCUUUAAGAACUUAUAUCACAUUGUUACCUCUAAUGUUGGGUGUUAUGUUGUCUUGUACUAGAAAUGAUAAACUGCAAUUGUCAAAUGAUUUGUUUUGGAGAGGUUCUCUAUUUGCAUUUUUAUCGAUGUUGAUCUUUGUAUCCCAGAAUAUCUUUGCCAAAAAAAUCUUAACCUGGGAUUCAAAUGAUGAUAAAAAAAACCAUACAUUAAAUGAUAAUGCUUGCGACUAUUUUUCAAGUAAAGAUCAACAAGAAGAAAGAGAUGAUGAUCGACGUGCAAAGGCAUUUCUCGAUAGGUUCAACUGGAAAAUUACCCGCUCAGAAUCUGCCGCUUCAACACCCAUCUUACCAAUCUCAAUAGCUUCAAAUUCACCACCUAGCUUUAAUUAUAAACAGAAUUCGCCCUUUUCUCUCUCAAACCCAUCUUUGACUGACCUAGUACUUCAAAAUGAAAAAUACCACGUAGACAACCAGGAAAAUAAAAAAUUGGAUAAACUCUCCGUCUUGUUCUAUUGCUCCAUCGUUGGAUUUGUUUUGACCCUCCCAUUCUACUUGGUUUCAGAAUUCAACAAUCCGAUAAUAUCUUUGUAUGAAAUUACCCCCAAUGUCUUGCACAACAUCCUUUUAUACGGAGUUUCCCAUUUUAUCCAGUCUCUGACAGCAUUCCAGAUCUUGGGAAUGGUGUCUCCCGUCAACUACUCAAUUGCAAAUAUCCUCAAGAGGAUCAUCAUUAUUUGCUGCAGUAUCAUAAUUGAGGGUGUCGAAUUGGGCCUGAUGCAAAGGUUGGGGCUAAUUUUAACUUUUAUUGGUUUGUACUGCUACGAUAAAUGGGGGGUCCAAAGAAAUCGGUGA